ACCGCUAGCUGACUGAGCACACUGAGGUUAAAGAUGUGCUUUGUUGCAGCAGCUCUCAACCUAGGUGAGAGCUAUGGCCACCCACAGUUCCUGCCUGCCGGAGUUCCACUUUAUCCAUCCGCUGAUGACGGCAGCCUGGAGGAUUGGGUGAACGCGUCUGACGCGCUCAUUCACUGGCCUUGAGGUUGCGUUGGAGCCCAGAGACGACUGUUGUUUCUAGGUAGGUAUCUAGCUGCCACUGUCUAUAAUCUCGAUGAGUUUGAAUCGUCGACCGACCCAGCCAGUGGCAACCGGCCGCUUUUCGUAACACCAGUGUUUCAAGGUAGCCUGGCUGUUGGUGACUAGCAAGCUCUCGAGGAGUGAGGCUCGAGAUGUCUCGUUUUAAGCGACAAGCAUCGGCCGGUCCCUCGGUCACCCCCUUGCUGGAGGCGCAGGAAGAGGACCGGAUGCAGUAUGGCUCUGGAUCGGCAGGUGUCGAGGACGAUCUGCGUGACAAGUUUGCGAACCGCCCGAAAAACCACUCUCGCACGCUAGUCUUUUCAGAUCUCUUCACCAAUCUGUUCAACCCUCUAAAUGAAAACAAGAAAUCGCGGGGCCCCAGCGGCCCCCCCAGGCGCAAGACGGGCUCCUCAAAGCCGUCGCCCCACGAGCAGCGUCGGCAAAUCAUCGAGCGCUUCAUCAAGCGUUGGCGUAACGAGGUUGGCAACGACUUCUACCCGGCGCUACGCCUAAUCCUUCCAGAUAAGGACCGCGACCGCGGCGUCUACGGGCUUAGGGAAAGCGCGAUUGGCAAACUCCUCGUCAAAUUGAUGAAGAUAUCCAGUGAUUCCGAGGACGGCCAUAGCCUGCUGAGGUGGAAGCUCCCUGGCCAAACGUUUGCCAGCCGCAUGGCCGGCGACUUUGCUGGCCGAUGCUUCGAAAUCCUGUCCAAAAGGCAGAUGCGCACUGCCCCCGGAGACAUGCGCAUCGCCGAGGUCAACGCUCUACUCGACCGUCUAUCUGCUGCUUCGGGCGAGGUCGAGCAGCUGCCCAUCUUCCAGGUCUUCUACGAGCGCAUGAACGCUGAGGAGAUGAUGUGGCUGGUCCGCAUCGUGUUGCGGCAGAUGAAGGUUGGCGCCUCGGAGCGCACUUUUCUUGGCAUGUGGCACCCCGACGGCGAGGCUCUGUUCAGCGUUAGCUCAAGCCUGCGCCGUGUGUGCUGGGAGCUAUGUAAUCCUGCCGUACGCCUCGAGCAAGAGGACACGGGCGUCACUCCUAUGCAGUGCUUCCAGCCGCAGCUCGCCCAGUUCCAGAUGCCCGAAUCCUUUGAGCGCAUGAUCACGCACAUGCGGCCCACGGAUGACGACCUGGAGUUUUGGAUCGAGGAAAAGCUCGACGGCGAGCGCAUGCAGAUGCACAUGGUCGAGGAUGACUCGGUGCCUGGCGGCAAGCGCUUCCGCUUCUGGUCGCGCAAGGGGAAAGACUACACGUAUCUUUACGGCAGCAGCCUCGAGGAUGGCAAAUCGGCUCUUACCCAGCACCUCGGAGGCGCUUUUGAACCGCGGGUUAGAAACCUCAUCUUGGAUGGAGAGAUGGUCACCUGGGACCCCAAACUCGACAAGAUGGUGGCCUUUGGUACCCUCAAGACUGCCGCGCUGAUGGGCCAGCAGAUGCCCCUGGACGAAAGCAGUGAAAGGCCCUUGUUCCGCGUCUUCGACAUUCUGUACCUCAACGACCAGCCAAUCACCCAGUACACGCUGCGCGAUCGCCGCGGGGCCCUAGACAGCGCGGUCCGUGGCGUCCACAGAAGGCUCGAGAUACACCCCUACGACAAGGCGACGUCGCACGACGCCAUCGAGCCCCUUCUGCGCCAAGUUAUCGCCGACGCAUCCGAGGGUCUGGUGCUCAAGAACCCUCGGUCUAUGUACCGGCUCAACAGUCGCAACGACGACUGGCUCAAGGUUAAGCCCGAAUAUAUGGAUGAGUACGGCGAGUCUCUCGACUGCCUCGUAGUUGGCGGCUACUUCGGAUCAGGGCGCCGAGGCGGCACCGUCUCCAGCUUCCUCUGCGGGCUGAGGGUGGGGGAGAAUCACGUCAAGGCCGGUAUCGACCCGGAGAAGUGCAUCAGCUUCUGCAAGGUUGGCGGCGGGUUUAAGGCUGAGGACUAUGCUCACAUCCGACACCUGACUGAGGGCAAGUGGAUGGGAUGGGACGCCAGCAACCCGCCUAGCAAGUACAUCGAGCUUGGCGGCGGCGACAAGUUUCAGUACGAAAGGCCCGACGUCUGGAUCCGGCCCAAGGACUCGGUCGUAAUCUCGGUCAAGGCUGCCAGUGUCGCAUCGUCAGACCAGUUUGGCAUGAAGAUGACACUGCGCUUUCCAAGGUUUCGUGGCCUGAGGUCCGACAGAAGCUGGAACUCGGCACUGGAUGUGGAUGGGUUCUUGAGACUUCGGGAGGAGAUUGAGCAGAAAGCCAAGGAGAAGACGGAAAUGAAGAUCGAGGACCGCAGGCGCCCGGCCCGGAAGAGGGCGCGACGAGAGCUCGUCAUUGCCGGCCAAGAUACCUCGGCCGCGAUGCCGGCCGGCGCCAACCAGCUGGGUGGUUUUGCCAACGCAGCGGCCAAGAAAGGGAGGCUGUUCAAGGGGCUCACCUUUUGCGUGCUCUCAGAGUCGCUCCGUCCGGUGCGCCAGACCAAGGCGCAGCUCGAGAUGCUGAUUAAGAGCCACGGGGGCAGCAUCUCGCAGAAGGCGGAUCCCAAAUCCAAGACGAUGCGCCUAAUUGCAGACAAAAAUGUGGUCAAGGUAGCAAGCCUGAUCAAGCAGGACGGUGAUGUGAACGUCAUCCGUCCAGGAUGGAUCAUGGACUGCGUUAAACAAGGGGGUGGUGGAUUUGUGCUCCCGCUCGAGGAACGGCACCUUUUGCACGCCCCCGAGUCCACGCGGCGGCUCGCCGAAGAGGCUAUUGACGCGUUUGGCGACAGUUACAUGCGGGAUCUGGAGGCCGAAGAGAUUGAUGGGUUGCUGCAAGGCAUGGGCCAGCAGGACGACGACGAAGGCGCCGAUAACGACGAUAUGCAACGCAUACUGGAGCUACUUGGCGAGACGGGCGAGCCGGCCCGCGGCCUGAUGUUCCAGCGGUGCUUGGUCCACUGCGCCAGGUCUGCUGGCACGCCCGCCUUCGCACUAGAGCAGUUACAGAACUACGUGCUGUUCGGGGGCGGAGCCAUAGCGGACAGCGCCGACAGGACCGGCAUCACCCACAUAGUUGUGGUGACCAACUCUGCGGCUGCCGACCCGCUUGCUGGCAGGGAGCUGGCGGCCGAGAUGCGUUAUACAACGAGCUCGAUGCGGCGGCGGCCGCGGAUUGUAUCACAGGAGUGGGUCAAGGAGAGCUGGAAGGAAGCAACACGGCUGGACGAGGAGAUGUUUGCGCCUCAGUGAUUUGAACUCUAAGGGGACCAUUCAACAGGCCAGGAACCAGACGACUGAACAGAUAAGCCACAAUGCAUUGAGAGCCCCCAUCUACAGGCGGUCCUCACCACUACAAAGGUAGAUAGGGACCUAGACCGGUAGGCAGGUAGCUAAGCUGGGCCCGGUGCUGGAGAAUCGAGGGUGGCUAUGUUCACUUGCCGAUGGUGAGGAACAGACGGUCGCCAACAUCGCCCAGACCAGGGCGGAGCAUGCCAUCUUUGGUAAGCUCUUGGUCGACGGCGGCAACCCAUAUCUCGACGCCCUCGGGCCACUCCUCGGCAGCGCGCUUGAUACCAUCUAUGGCGGCAAUGACACUGAGGACAACGAUGCGGUGGGCCCCCCACUCGCGCAGAGUCUGUAUUGCGGCGGCGCAGGUGCCGCCCGUGGCGAUGACGGGAUCGAGGAUGAAGGCGAGGCUGGGGGCGACGCUCGCGGCCGCGCCCCCCGCUCCGGGAAGGUGGUUGGGCAGGUUGUUGUAGUACUCGACGGGCUCGAGCGUGGUCGGCUCGCGGUAGAGGCCGAGAUGGUGGACCGGGACCGGCUCGGGUAGCAGGGUCUGGACGGCUGCACAGGGGGCGAGGGGAGUCGGGGUCCCAGAGUGUCAGCAGAAGUCCCUUUGGCGGGCCGUGCUAGGUAGCGGGACACGUAGAGAAACCAACCCUCAGUCAUGGCGAGACCGGACCUCAGGAUGGGGACCAGACACAAGGUCUCGGGAGAUAUGCGGCUCGCGGUGUACUCGAAGCCGAUGGAAGUUUCGUCCUGUUCCCUCCGGGGCCAGGAUCGGUCAGCAGUCAGGCCAGGCGCGGGCAACUCGGAAGAAGCCCACCUCCCUCUAUUCAGUCGCGUACCUUGUGCGCGGGGACUGCGGAGACGCUGGAGGCCAGGGCCUCGCAGGCGACGAUCAGUGAUAUCUCAUGGACCAGGUUCUUGACCUCCUUUGCGGGCGUCGACUUGGACCGCAGCUGGCUGAGCUUGGCGACGAGGCAUGGGUGGUUGGAGACGUGAACGUUGGCCGGGAGGCUCAUUGUGCCGACUAUCCUGUCGGGGCUGAUGGAAGAAGGUUGGAGGCGGACAAACAAGCGACGAGGGGAGGCAGCAAGGGAUGGAUGGCCUUGGGCGUUACGAGACCAAGCCUAGUAGAGAAGGGCUAGUUGGCAUGGAAGAAGCACUUGCAAGUCUAUCUUGAAGAGUCGGUGGAGAGAUAUGAUCCAACACGAGAAACACAGGGGACGGCGGGAGGAGGCAGACAAAGCGGGAGGGGAGUUGACCGAAAGGCGGCGGCGGCGCCGCCUCAAUUUGUUUGCUUUAAGCGGGCCGACACAGCUCAGAACGCCUAGGUACAUUUGGGGUGGUACUUUCUGGCGGUACCAGCGCCGCCUCUAAUGGCACCUGCCUGCAGGUAGCCCUCAUGUGGCUAGCACCAGCGAGGUCAAUGGGCGCCAGGCUAGCACUGAGUUGAUAGACACCAGACGGUAUGGAAAGGGGCACAGAGCUCUGGGAAUGGGGUGGAGCAUUAUUACGUAGGUAGGUGCGGGAAAAAAGAGGUAUCUCCGGAGACAGGACAGGCAAUGCAACUCGAGCAAGGCGGGGUUCAGAAAGGUCCCCACUGACCCUCCCGCCUGUACACCGCGUGGGCUAGGUAUCCC